AUGGCCACCCUUGCCGAGCCCUUUAUUGCUAGGCAGAAGUCCGAGAGAGAAAGCUUGUUAGGGCCCAAGCUUAUUCAAGCUAGGACCCAGGUCAUUGACAUUGUUCAGAAGCAAUUGCGCACCACUCAGAGCAGACAGAAGAGCUAUGUAGAUAAUCGAUGUUGUGACUUGGAAUUCGCGGUGGGCGAUCAUGUAUUCUUGAAGAUUUCACUUGUGAAGGGCUUGAUGAGGUUUGGGCAGAAGGGAAAGUUGGCGCCACUGUUUAUUAGGAUGUUCAAGACAUUGGAUCGUGUAGGAGCCAUAGCAUACUGCUUGGCAGUACCUAUUGCUUUGGCCAACAUUCACAAUGUCUUCCACAUAUCCAUGCUAAAGAAGUACAUGCCAGAUGAGUCACAUAUCGUCAACUGGGAAUGGGUUGAGCUCACCCAGGAUGCUUCCUACAUUAAGGAGCCUAUUUGUAUCCUGGAUCGCAAGGAGCAAGUAUUGCAGACGAAGACGAUACCGCUAGUCAAGGUCCUCUGGUUGUACUAA